AUGCUCCUUAGCCAAUUCACCUACGAACGGAGGCAAUCAUUCUCACUUUCACUCUCUCGCUCUCAUGCCUUGAACUCAUUUCGUGGUGAUUACGAACGAGAGUGCUCACGUGGUAUUAACGUGAUACCUGCAAAUCACAUCCGGGUCAAAUUGGCAUGUAGUGUUGACCCUGACGUCAGUUCUGGGGCAAAUUUAAAUCCCACCCUCUCACACCCCCUCGUCUCCCUUCUCCCCUCUCGCCUCUUUUCAAUCCUCUCUCUGCUCUUGACGGCAACUGGGAUUAAGCUUGACAAAAUGCCUCAUUUACCUGCGACCAGCCACUUUCAAAGCAAAGAGUUACGCUCACCGUUCGUUGAUUCAACUUCACCACCUGAAGACCGGUAUGAAAUGCUUCCCAACCUCAAUUGCGACCGGUGUGUGAAGUCAUCAAAUCCGUCAAGCAACCACGACGUUUUCUUGGGAGUUGAGAACAAGCAAGCUAAUUUUUUGCUCGCUUCACCAUCGAUUGAUCAGGGCUCCGUUAAUAAACGUGUUGGUGUCUCUUCGUAUGCAACUGCAAGCAAGAACUCCAUCGAGCCGACGGUCCCUCGCGAUCCCUCUGACCCACGCGCUCGAGUGCUUUGCAUCUCAAACUUGCACUUUCACGCUAAGGAAGAUGAGGUGCGAAACUUCUUCUUCAGAUUUGAAGUCAUCGACUACACUCGAUACUACAAGCCUGAGACUAAGAAACCUCUGGGCUAUGGCUUUAUCAUGACAGCGUCCGCGUCUGCUGCCCAGCGUGCCAAAGGAUGGGGUGACGGGAAGACAUUGCAUGGUCGAACGAUCGAGAUUAAUUUCGCAAGGGAAUGCCCAGAGGGUGAGGCCUUACAGUCUCUGCUGCUUCGUCACAUGCUUGCUAACGAAUGUAUUGUAGUUACGGAGGAUGGCUUCGUGCAAUCUGGCAAUAGGGUCGCUCCUGAUCGUCCAAGCGGGAGUAACCUAAAUGUCACGGACAACAGCAUCGCACAACUCAACCCCGACCUGGCCUCUGUUCGUAAUGUGAAGCUCGAAGACAACGAGGCUAGCGAGAGUGUUCAGUCUAUCGCUGAUAACCAUACCGUCAAGCCCGAUACCGCUAGCGCUUCCCAAAUCUAUGAGCCUAGUUUUCAACAGCACCUUCACCUUGCCGACAAUGGAUCUGUCACCCAUCAUCUGAAACGCACGGGAGCGUAUAAACCAAGGCCGCCGAAGGGCGAAUUGAGAGACGUUCCCUAUAUCGCGUUCUCUACUCCAAGUUCGAUGCAUCAGACAAGUGAAGUGGGUCACAUCGGUUUCAACCAUAAUACGCCUUUCCGCCACCGCGUCCCCAUGUCGGCGGUUUCUAAUCCUCACGAAAUUUCCCCACUCCCUCCCGGUUUCGAAAUGGAUAGAGUGAAGGCCAUGAAAGUUUUUCCUCCAAAUUUCUCCAGACUGACGCCAUCUCAAAGCGAUGGGGUUGAAACAAUGGUGCACUCCCCUUCAGAAUAUGGACCGCACUUCCAGCUUCAGCACUCUAAAGUAAUCACGGGCCGGCCAGAAAAGAUCUGGGAUCACCGAAUAUCGGCAUCGAUCAUGAAUGAGCGCUGCUUGCCUGCCCGAACAAUAGGUAAUCAGAGUUGGGGAUCGGUAAUUGGGGAUAAAGAGAGGUGGUUCAUGCGAAGAUGUCUACAUACGAAGGCUUUCAGAGGAGGUUUUGGGGAUAUAUAUGCAUCCGCAUGUGUAGCUGCGCGUUCAAAUCUGAACAAAGAAAGCCUCCCACUAAAUGUAAAUCCACUUGAUGCGACAUUUUGUGCACAAAACCGCUAA